AUGGGGUCUCGCAGCGGGGAUCAGGAGUGGGUUGCCGAGAAUCAGGGGCCCCAAGACGAAGACAUGCAGGACGCCCACGAGAAGUUGGUCGAGAUUCGGGUGACCUACUUCGUCAAGGCCAAAGAGGUGACCAUGAUGCUUCAGUCUGACGACGGGGACUGCAACGCCUACAACCAACUUCAGGAGACCAAUCCGGAGUCCGGUCGGUUUAGCUUGACCCUUCCACGGCGGCCCCCAGGGAGGCUCGCCUUCUUCUUCAUCAUCGACGAUGACAUUACAGUUUGUGAGAAUUUGGAGCACCUCACGACAUGUGAGCCCAGCGUGAACGAAGUGGAAGUUCCAGACCAAGAGGUCUUUGACUUGCAGUGCUGGAACUGCCCCUUUGUGUCAAGAUUCGCAAAUGAAGCGAGUCAGUACACGCAAUCGAGUCCAUCUGCAUGCACUGCAAUCGCAAUGGUAGCUGUGCGCCAGAUGCUUGAACGAGGUGCUGCACUGGAUGAGCGAGCGAUCGCCAAUGUCCUUCGUGAUGGUGGAGGCAUCUAUGACUAUGUUAUGCAGAAAGUGGAAAAGGGUGGUGUGGAACAUCUGAUGCCCCAAGAGGUGAUGGAGAACUGGCCUGCCAUGGCUAGUGCCAUGGUCUACCUUGGGUAUCAACAAAGAGAAAUCGAAGCAAGCAGUUUUGACAUCAUGCAAGACCUGGCUGCUUGGGUUGGAGUGACUCAAGAGCCGAUUGGUGCUUGUCUAACAUUGAGGAGUAUGACUGUUGCGGUGUGCUUUACAGCAGGUGGUGGCAUCUUCAUGUUUGACUCUCAUUCUGAGCGAUACAAUGAUGGCCGCCCCAAUGGCGCGUCUUGCUUUGUGUUCAGAAAUGUGCAACAGAUGCAGAGAUUUCUGCAAGAACGCUUUCCCAUGAUUGACGGAGUGAAUGACUACAUGAUGAAUCUCUGUGAGAUCAACGUAUAUGCACGACAUUCUGUAAAAUCGUCAGAGACAUGCAGAAGAAUGGCGAAAGAACUAUUUGGGACAGCUGAUCUGUUUGAUGGGACGCAGGAUGGCACUCCUGAAGAAAGCGCAGAAGAAGUUCUGAAGCAAUUGUCUACGAACAUUGCCACUGUGCAGGCACUAGUGAAAAAUAUUGGUGAGAACGCUGGGCACCAUGCACAAACCAGCUUCGACCUGGUGCAACAGACUUUGUUUAAUGGGCUUGUUCAGCUGGUCUUUCCCACCCAGGGCCAUCUGUUGGAUCAGGCUACUGGGAAGAUACACCAGCUGCCAGCCAACUGCCCCACCUUCGGACAGUGCCAGAGGCAGGAAGAACAAUUCGUGGAUUCCCUGCUGCAGAGUGAUUCCCUGAGAAGCCUUGAGAUUGUGUCCCAACUCAGGCAGUCAGUUGUUGAGCAGGGCCAGUUGCUGCAAAUUUGGGAAGCCAUGGAGCGUGUUGUGGCACACCCUGUGGAGACGACAUCCAACCCGCCGUCGCCAACACCCAAUGAGCCGGCAGUGCAGCUUGUGUCCACCGCACCCCGUGCGCGACCCGGCCUACCCACCAAGGACGAAGGAAGCAGCUCACAAUCCGAUGCUGCAGAUGUGGCUGCUGCAUCUUCAAGUGUUUCUGGGCCAUCUUCUGAAGCCGGAGGGAGCCAUGUGCAGCCUAGCACUGUCCCAGAGUGGACAAAAGGCUUGACCUCAGCGCAGGAGCAGCAACUCGCCCUCUAUGAAGAUUUUUGA